AUGGCGCAUCAACAGGCCAUGGAAGGCGAAAACUUGCAUGGCUCGGUUGGAUAUCCCGCUGAACAAAUGGACGGAUGGGACGAAACCUGGAAUAGAUCUCUACUCACAUAUGAACCUGUAUAUCUCGGCCAUCCCCACGAGCAGGCAGAAGAACAAGUCACUGAGCCGUUUCAUUGGCAAUACCCCAACUGGGCUCGACCAGGAUACCAACUCUAUUACUACAAGGGCUACGGCUACUUCGACCAUCCUCUAUACACGAGUCAAACACCAGACGGCCAGACGCUGCUCGCAAGCUAUGGCAAUGAGCAGCGCUUCAAGCAACCCCCUGUAGCCGCGCCUUCGGAGCCCACGCCGGCUCGUCCCAAGCAAGAAAUGGUCGAUGUCUACUUUGACGACGAGUUCCUGGAGGAGAUGCCACUGAGACUGCUCACUCGCUUCUCCGUUGUGGCGAGUGUUACGUUCUGGAAAACGAAAAAGAGUGGAGGUAGACGGGCGGAUGAGCAAUCGGACGAGAGAGAGAGUCCGACAAGUAAGAUGGUUGACUCGGUCAUGUCCGGUACAAUUCCAGUCCUCGAGAACACCACACCCACGGCGCCGAAGAAAUGGAGGGAUACCUCCCCUUCAGCUACAUCUGACUCCACAGUUUUCGACACAUGGUCGACUUCCCGCAGUAGAUCGGACACGAGGACGACAGAGUUGACCAUUCCCGAAGAGUUUGCGGACGAAUCCUAUGUUCCGGAUCACCCUGACGUCGAGGCUACUCCUCACGUUGGAGGUGGCAAAAGCGCAGCACGCCGUCGUCGUCGGCGGCGUGCUGCCGCCAAGAAAGGGAAGAAAGAGCUUCAUCUGGGUCUGAACGUCCGUGAGCUGCCCACUAAAGAGGUUGUUCUUGAAGCUAUCGCCUGGAUGAAGAGUAACGAAGAGCGACACGGAGACCAAACUCUGCCUUAUGGUCCCGAAGACCUCAGCAAGCUGGGUCUCGAGGACAUCGUCGAGCUGUAUCAAGUAGCGCUGGCCUUUGGCCUUCAACCAUGGCCGGGAAGACUGAAGAUGGAGCUCAACGAAAGGAUCUCCAGCACAUGCCUCGACUUCAAGACCUUUCGCGAUAUCACGAGAUGGCUCCCUUUUGCCGACUCGGGCGUGGCUCGGGCGAUCAAUCAAGUUUACUAUCACAUGCGUCGAGGCAGCUACACAGCCGCUGAAGCCGAAAUCUUCGAUAUGUACAUGUCAAGGCCUGGGAAUGAGCGUCUGCAGUCCAGGGCACACGAGCUUCACGUUGUACGCCAGCAGCCUUGGGAGCAGGAAAACAAUCCGUCUUGA